AUGGCAGACAACUAUCAAUUACCGCACGGGCCAUACCAACCGCCCACCGAAAUUAAUUACCCGCAAACCUAUGAGUUACCCUUUGACAAGACCCGAGGCAUACCGGGCACAGCGCGUCGGACACUAGUCGAAGACAGGCCGUCGGCCCCUCGACUGCCGGCCAAACCGGGUUUGUUUGGCCGACGGGAUAGAGAGGCGCCGUACGGACGCGCCGGUGAGGGCCAGCAGCCACUGCACGGGCCGAUGAACUACGCGGACUACCAGACAAGUUGGUACCGGUGGCCGAACCUGAACCUGGAGCGACCGUGGCAACACGAGUUGCGCUCGCUCAAUCAACUAGGCUUUAUAUUUGAGGUACCGUUAGGUCGGGGCGGGUUCGGUGAGGUGUGGCGCGUGUAUCGGAUCAGCGACAACAAGCACUGGGCGGCGAAGAUACAGGGCGUCAAGAAGUUUGACGACUUGGGCUUUUCGCUCAAACAGGGCAUGGCUUACAUACUGCGGGACAUUGAGCACACCCGGGGUCUGUCCCAUCCGCACAUUGUGGCCAUCGAGUCUGUGGUGCAUCUGAAGGACACCCGAACGGACUUUCAGUCGCUGUUUGUGGUGACACUCAUGGACUUAAUGCACGGAAAUCUGAUUGACGCCAUCAAAGAGUCGCCCGACGGCCGUAUGAAUGAGACCGACGCUCGCCAUUGGUUUCUACAGAUCGGCAGCGCUGUGGCCUAUUUGCACGCUCAACGGGUCAGCCAUAUGGACAUCAAAGCCGACAACAUUCUGUACAAACAUCAGACACCCGUCGGCGCGGGCAGAGGACCGACCCGUAAACUAUACAAACUGUCGGACUUUGGUCUGUCGCUGACGUAUCGCGCGGGACAGCCCAUGACAGGCACCGAUGCGGUCGGCACUGAAUACUGUAUGGCACCCGAGAUGACAAGUAUGUCCGCUAAGUUGCUUAAAACCAGAUUCGACACCACUUUGUGCGAUGUGUACGCUCUGGGCGUAACUCUGGCCCAGUCUGUGAUUGGUGUGCCGGCACUUCGCCCGCCAUUCAAUGCGUUCACAUGGGGUUACGAAGUGCACCAAUGGGUGGCCGACCAUCUCAUUGCCACCAAACGCUUCCAACCGACCAGUUGUCUCAUACAACUGCUCGACUUUAUGACCGCUCGCGAGCCCUCUAUGCGUAUGACUAGUGAACAGUUGGGCGCCUAUUGUCUUCAGUCAGCCGUUAAAAUGCAAACUUUUAAAAACAUUGGGUUUAUUAUGGCAUCACUUUCGGGACAUUUGAAACUGCGAGACGUGGAGGAAGUGUCCCAACCUAUUGACAACGGGACCAAUUGGUUUGACUCAAGACAUAUGCAUUAUCUUCAGUACAAUGACUGGAUUUUUGGCCCCAAAGACAACUUCACGGAUCAGAUGGUGUCGGAAAUGGAGCAGACAUUGAAAUUAAUCCGAUACACAACUCAUCCAAUGAUGGUUUUAUUACCAAACCUUACUUUCAUUACACAAUACCAACACAUCAACAACUCCUUCAAUACCACGGAUCAGAUCUUUGACUUUUAUAACAAGAAUCCGAAGAAAUUUAUCUAUUCGCCCAACACUACGGACGCUGUCCUACCCGUCGCUAAACUGCAGUUAUAUCCCAAACAUAGGGCUAAAGUAUCGAUCGGUUUGACUGUUUUGUUCAUUUCGAUGGCAAUUGUGGUUAUAUUCUCGCAAUUAAUGCCAAUAAUGACAUCAAAUUUGGUGAAAGAAAAGGAGAAACGGAUGAAAGAUGUGAUGUUUAUGAUGGGUCUCAGGCCUAACGUCUAUUGGUUUGUCUGGUUUUCAAUUGAAGCGAUCGUUGUCUUAGUUUUAUCACUAUUUCUUUCGAUGGCUUAUUCGGUGUCCGGUUUUAUACCAAACCUCGACUCUUAUACCACAUUCUUCUGGUUAUUCCCAAUGAUAUUGAUGUUUGGUUUAACGAUAAUUCAAUUUUCGGCCAUUUAUUCAAAGUUUUUCAACAAAGAAAUGACCUCAACUCAAAUGAUUUCAAUCGUAAUGUUAGUGUCUUUUGUGCCCGUAUUUCUCAUUUCGGGAAUUUUUGUGACUUUACCACAAGUGGCCAACUAUUUGCUCCUUUUGUUCUCUCCCUCUGCCAUCACUUUUGGCAUUAAAGCCAUUCUGACGAUUAGUUACAUAAACGACUCAAAACCGAGUUUAGACACGAUAUUCAAUGGUUCAGACAUUCCUCUGGGAAUGGCUUUAACGGCAUUAUUGGCGGAGAAUAUCUUGUAUUCACUUUUGGCCUUAUAUUUGGAAAAAGUAAUUCCCGAACAGUUCGGCACAAAACUGGGCUUUUGUUUCUGUUUUGACCCAAACUAUUGGUUUCCCCGAAAGACCGCUCACUUGACCACCGAAUCGGCCGAUAAGAGCGCUGACGUCGAAGAGGUUUCCGACGAACUCAAAGGCAAAGCAAUCAUUCAAAUGAAAAGUGUGUCCAAAAAGUUUGCCAACGAAAAGACUUUCGCCGUAAACAACGUAUCGAUGACUAUAUAUGGGUCGCAAAUAACGGCACUUCUGGGACACAACGGCGCGGGAAAGACAACACUCAUAAAUAUGAUGAUCGGAGUGAUAGCUCCCACCUCUGGAUCCAUUCAUAUCAAUGGAUACGAAGCCACCGACGCGUCCGAUGUCUAUCACUUGAGAUCAAUGUUUGGUAUAUGUCUUCAGGAGAACGCGCUGUUGGAUGAGCUCAAUAGCGAAGAACAUCUGCUAUUCUUCGGCGCAAUGAAAGGUCUGUCGGGGAAACGACUCGUCGAAGAAGUGAAUCAAUUGCUUCUUCGCAUGGAUUUGUUGGGCAAUCGAUGGACGCAUUCAAAGGACUUGAGCGGCGGUCAGAAGCGUAAGCUCUGUAUAGCUCUGGCACUGAUCGGUGACCCGAAAGUGGUUGUAUUGGAUGAGCCGACGAGUGGUGUGGAUGUGGCCAUCAGAAGACAGAUCUGGUCUAUACUGCAGUCACACAAAGCGAACAAAACAAUUAUAAUGACCACUCAUUUCAUGGAAGAGGCGGACAUUCUGUGCGACCGAAAAGCCAUUCUCACCAAAGGAUCGCUUCGUUGUGUCGGAAGUUCACUGUUUCUCAAGAAGAAGUUUGGGAUCGGAUAUCACCUGACGGUUGACACCCAGAAGGACGUCCACAUCAAAGACAUCACAUCUCUGGUCACGUCUGACAUACCGACGGCUCGACUCUCCCGAAGCGCCGGAACCGAAGUCUUCUAUAUUUUGCCGCAAAAUGAAAGCCAAAAGUUUUCGCAAUUGUUCUCAACGUUAGAGAAAUCGCAAAAUACUGUCAAAUCGUUUGGCAUUUCGAUGACAACUCUGGAGGAAGUGUUUCUCAAACUGGAGGACGAGUCGGCGGCGAAUGUCACCAAAACUGAUCUCAACGCUAAUGUUGAAAGUGUCGACUCAAACACCGUAUUGGACAUCAAAUAUCGACCGAAUUUUUGGGACUCGUUUUGGGCUUACUUUCGGAUCAAAUGGGUUAAACCCGAAGAGAUUAAAGCCAUUAAUUUGCAAACACUUAACGACAGUUAUAUGACUGUAAUUAUCGAUAGGGUUAAACCCGAAGAGAUUAAAGCCAUUAAUUUGCAAACACUUAACGACAGUUAUAUGACUGUAAUUAUCGAUAGGUUUGAAAACGAAAACAUCGACUGGAAGUGGAUUUUCAACGAAACACAUCUCUAUUCGCUGCCAAUCCUCCAGAAUCUGAUGGCAAACACUUAUUUCAGUGCAAUUAACGGACAAAACAAGCGAUUCAUUCAAACAACAAAUUAUCCGUUUGUGUUGAGCCGAACCGAAGUCAAUGAAAAUCCCGUCAAAAUAUUUCUCAUCUUUUAUGCGAUUAUGUAUUUAUUUUUGUUUAGUUUACUUAUCGGACAACUCUUUGCCUUCGAUACCAUCGAUGACAGAGAAACAAAAAUCAUCGAAACUAUACGGAUAUCGGGAAUGGGUUUCUGGUGUUAUUGGUUGACAAACCUAUUCAUGCACUCAGUAUUGCUUAUAAUUGAGUUGUUAUUAGUCUUUCUUUUGGUCACAUUUCUCGUACGACUCGAGUAUUUGGAUUCAAUGACCACAAGAAUCGCAUUCCUAUUGCAUCUGAUUGUGUCGAGCAUUGCAUUCAUGCAAACCAAUUAUGUCUUCGGAUACUUCUUCGCGACCAAAGCGACCGCACAUUUGCUAUUAGUUUACGAAAUGAUUUUGUUUUUGUCGCUAAUGUUUUACAUGUUUUUGUUGAGACUCAUCGACAGUCCAGACAUUUGUGACAGCGUUUUGAGACUCAUUAGUAAAUCCAAUGCAAACCAUAAUCUCAUUUCAUUUGACUCUCCGCUCGAAGACUCGGAUGUCCUCCAAGAGAGGCGUGAAGUGAACGCCGUUUUGCAAAACAAACACAAAAAGAACAACAUAUUAGGUCUGUUGGGACCGAACGGCGCCGGAAAGACAACCACAAUGCGAGUGAUCACCAAACAGGAGAUCCCGACCAGUGGUUUGGUCUCCAUAUGCGGCCAAGAGAUGCACUCUUCAUAUCUGCGACAAGUGAUCGGUUAUUGUCCACAACAGGACACUCUCUGGAAGAAUAUCACAGUUAGAGAGCAUUUGACUCUUUUUGCCAUCAUUUCUGGCGUUCAGAAGAAUCGUUGCAAUCAUUACAUCCAUAAACAUAUGAAUGACCUUAAGAUCACAGAACACGCCGACAAAGAGACUGAACACCUGUCCGGAGGGACUAAACGAAAGGUUUGCUACAUAUUAUCACUGAUGGGUGACUCGAAACUCGUACUUCUGGACGAACCGUCCACUGGAAUGGAUCCGUACUCAAAGAGAUUCCUCUGGACUACCAUUCAGUCGACUUUCAACGGACAGACAGAGAGGAGUGCAGUCCUGACCACUCACUCCAUGGAAGAGGCGAACGCUCUCUGCAAUAGGAUUGCAAUCAUGACAAGAGGUGUCAUGAGAUGUAUCGGUUCCGCACAACACCUCAAGAACAGAUACGGAGCCGGAUAUGUGUUGGACAUCAAAUGGCAGCCGAUUCGGGCCACACAGGCGUCCAUCCAAACCAUCAUUUCUGGUCUGUUCUUUGAGUGGACGGUUCGGGAAGUGUUUGACAAUCGCAUGACAGCCGAUAUUCCUCAGCAGUCGGUGCCCUCUCUGUCGGCUGUCUUCUCAUCGCUGGAGCGCCUGAAAGCUGAUCCCAACAGUGGUGUCGAUGAGUAUAGUUUGAGUCAAACAACUCUCGAACAGGUCUUCAUAUACUUCGCCAAAGAUGGCCAACAGAUCGCUGUUUAG